AUGUCUUUCGAGGAUGUUUUGAAAAGGGGAGAUGAGUUUCUCAAUGAUUAUCCUAGAACUAACCCGUUUUGGAACCUAGCAUCCCAUGCAACUUGUUUGUUCAUGAUAACUGGAUCAAAGAUAAUUUUGAAUACAUUCUACAAACCCGUUUUGCAUAACAUUGAAAAGUUAGACAAUGCUCUACAGAGAGCACGUGACGAGAACAGAGGCUUACUUACUGUGAUGAACCAUAUGUCAGUGGUUGACGACCCUGCAUUUUAUGCGUCGUUACCUUGGAGAUAUCACUUGGAUAUCGACACUAUUCGGUGGGGAUUUGGUGCCCACAAUAUAUGUUUCAGCAACGUUUUCCAGUCAUGGUUUUUCAACUUGGGGAAAAUUCUAGGAACAAAAAGAUUUGGUGAGGGCCCAUUUCAAGGCUCAUUGGACGCAGCAAUCAGAAUUUUGAGUCCUGACGAUACAUUAGAUCUUGAAUUUACACCGGGGGUGAAAGAUGAGCAGAAAGCCGUUGUUUUGCAAACCGUGAAUAAUAUAACUGAUUGCAAAAACAAAGAAUUAGUCAAAUUCAUCAAGCCUGCCCCAGAGUCAACAAAUGUAUUAAUGAGCAAAAACCCAUUCAUCAGAACCAAAACGUCUUGGUUUCAUGUGUUUCCAGAGGGGUUUGUGUUACAACUACAAGAGCCACAUAACAACUCUAUGAGGUAUUUCAAAUGGGGAGUAUCCCGAUUAAUAUUGGAAAGCACUCGAACUCCUAUAGUGGUACCAUUAUUUUCAUUCGGAUUUGAAAAAGUGGCUCCCGAGGAUUCAGCCGAAGAAGGGUUGAAAAGAUGGCUACCAGCAAAUUUUGGUGCUGAGAUACACGUUUGCGUUGGAGACCCAAUUAGAGAUGAUGUUUUGGAAAACUACCGUGAGCAAUGGAGAUUGCUAGUCUCAAAAUAUGUAGACAAGUCUAAUCCAGCUGAUCUUUCUGAAGAACUCAAGACUGGCACAAAAGCUCAAAGGCUAAGAUCGGAUUUAGCCGGUUACCUUAGAGAGAAGGUGUUGGAAAUAAGGAAUGAAAUCGGUAUGUUUAACCCUGAAGAUAAAAGAUUUAAAGACCCAAAUUUCUGGAAGUUGUUUACCAGCACAGAAGGAUUGAGUGACCCGAGUGUCAAGUUUGUAGGUAAAAACUGGGCUAUAAAGAGACUCCAAUCGCACUUGCCAGAAUAUGAUCCCAGUGAAGAAGCAGAAAACUAA